ACUUGUCGAUUUGGCAAAUUGUUUUCAGUCUCUUAACUGCACAGUCUCUUUCUCUCUGUCUCUCUCUCUCUGCCACCCCCUCCCUGAUUCCUUCUCUGCCAACCUCCCCCUCCACCUCCCUUUUCCUUUGAUGCAGCCAUUGGCUGCUCCACGAUAGGUCUUCUUGCCAAAUAGGUGGAUCCUUCUUCUCUCUCUCUCUCUCUCUCUCUCUUUUUUUCUGCUGGCAUUGGCAAAGGCAAAUGGUUGGGGACCGAGCAUGAAAGGAGAAAGCAAGCAAGCCAGAGAGUUUAGGAGGAAAAAGGGAAAGGAAAAAAAGGGGGGAAACAACAACAACAAAAUCCCCCAUACCCCAGCAGUUGGGUUUUGCCAGCAGCCGAUCACAGCUGAUCCCAGAGCGGAGUCUGCCCCUUUUCCCCUAGACCUGCGAUCACCCCUAUUCUCAGGCGGAGGGAGCCACAUCUAAGUUGCAUCUUUGCCAACGCUGAGAGAGAUUCUUCCCUGGUCUCAGCUUCCCCUCUCUGAUUAGUUGCUGUUGUCCUUCCUAUUUUUUUAAUUUUGUUUCCUUCUUCCCUUUAUCACUAUUAUUGGUGUUAUUGUUGUUAGUAUUUUUUUUAACAGCCAUUUGGCAUUUUUAACCUAUUUUGUGCAUGUGGCACAGGCAGAGUGAUGUUGAUUUAUUUCUGUCUUCGGCUGAGGUUUCCCUUCCUAGCUGCCUUCUUUCAGUUUUUAGUCCUUCCCUUUUGCUUUCCCACUCAUUUUAUUAAAUAAGACUUGAACAUUUUGGUGAACAGUUUGUAGUGAAAGAUGCAGCCAACAAUUAUUUUCUACUUAAUUUAAGAAAUAUCCAGCACUCUUGUGUACCCUUCCUUUGUACAGUUUUACUUUCCUCUUUUUUCUCCUUUCCUCACCUUCCACCCCAUAUACCCACAAUAUCGUCCGCCUUCUAUUCUCUACAAUUCUGAGCCCAGAAUUUCUGAAUCGGGGGCUUAGCUUCGCCGGGAUGAGACAGAGCAAUGGAUGAAUUCCACCCCUUCAUUGAAGCUCUCCUUCCUCAUGUCCGUGCCUUUUCCUACACAUGGUUCAACCUGCAAGCUCGGAAACGAAAGUACUUUAAGAAGCACGAGAAGCGAAUGUCAAAAGAUGAGGAACGAGCUGUGAAGGAUGAAUUACUUGGUGAAAAGCCCGAGAUCAAGCAGAAAUGGGCAUCCCGACUCCUGGCCAAGCUACGCAAGGAUAUCCGCCCAGAGUUUCGUGAGGACUUUGUCUUGACCAUCACGGGCAAGAAAGCACCGUGUUGUGUCCUCUCCAAUCCAGAUCAGAAAGGCAAAAUUCGCAGGAUUGACUGCCUGAGGCAGGCUGACAAGGUUUGGAGGCUGGACCUAGUUAUGGUCAUCUUGUUCAAAGGGAUCCCCCUUGAAAGUACUGAUGGGGAGCGGCUAUACAAGUCGCCGCAGUGCUCAAACCCGGGCCUUUGCGUCCAGCCACACCACAUUGGAGUCACAAUUAAAGAACUGGAUCUUUACUUGGCGUAUUUUGUUCACACUCCUGAAUCCGGACAAUCAGACAAUUCAAACCAGCAAGGAGAUGCGGACAUUAAACCACUGCCCAAUGGGCAUUUGACCUUCCAGGACUGUUUUGUGACAUCAGGCGUUUGGAAUGUUACAGAGCUGGUGAGAGUGUCACAGACUCCUGUUGCAACAGCAUCUGGUCCAAACUUCUCUCUGGCUGAUCUGGAGAGUCCCAGUUACUACAACAUCAAUCAAGUGGCUCUUGGUAGACGGUCAAUAACAUCACCACCUUCUAGCAGUUCCACCAAACGGCCUAAAUCACUAGAUGACAGCGAAAUGGAGAGUCCAGUAGAUGAUGUGUUUUAUCCUGGGACGGGACGGUCCCCAGCAGCUGGCAGCAGCCAAUCCAGUGGUUGGCCCAAUGAUGUGGAUGCAGGACCGGCUUCUUUAAAGAAGUCAGGAAAGCUGGAUUUCUGCAGUGCCCUGUCCUCCCACACCACCUCCCCGAGAAUGGCUUUCACCCACCACCCGCUGCCUGUCCUAGCAGGAGUCAGACCAGGAAGCCCCCGUGCCACAGCGUCGGCCCUGCACUUCCCGUCAACCUCCAUCAUCCAACAGUCCAGCCCCUACUUCACACACCCGACCAUCCGCUACCACCACCACCACGGCCAGGACUCGCUGAAGGAAUUUGUGCAGUUUGUAUGCUCGGAUGGCUCAGGCCAGGGCUCUGGGCAGCCUAACGGUAGCGGCCAGGGCAAAGUCACGGGGUCAUUUUUGCUGCCGCCACCUCCACCUGUGGCCAGACCAGUGCCCCUUCCAAUGCCUGAUACAAAAUCCACCAGCACUAACCCAGAGGGCGGAGCGCCGACACCAACGUCACCCUCAUUCUCAGCGCCAGGCUCCUCCUCCUCUGCCAACCGGUUUGUCGGCAUCGGACCCCGGGACGGCAACUUUCUAAACAUCCCCCAGCAAUCUCAGUCUUGGUUCCUCUGACAGGAUCUUCAAGUGAAGAAAAAUGAUGAUGAUGAUGAUGAUGAUGAUAAUGAUAAUGAUGAUGAUGAUGACAACAAUGAUAUUUUUUUCACUCAAGCCCUGCGAAUCAGAAUCUUCAGUCCUUAACCUAUAUCUUCACUGAGCUGCUCCUCUUCAAAGAAAAGUAAGAGACAUUGGGUAACACAGAUGAGAAGCUUAAAAAAAAUUAUGUUGGACCUCCCUGAUCCAAAGCAGAUUUUGCAUUUGCAUAGGAGAAUCUUGUCUUCUCAAAGAAUCUCAUCAACUCACACUGAAGUAACUCUCUGUUAAAAUAAUGUAUAAAAUAGUUCUGGACAGGCCACCCAAACAAUGGUGUUUUUUUUGUUUUUUUGUUUUUUUGGUUUUUUUGGUUUAAAAAGGGAUUUUUCUUCAUUCAUCAUGGGCAAAGAAUAACACUCACAUCUACCAGUAUCAAAUCCGAAAACUGUCUCAAGAUUUAUGAGGGAUUAUGUUUGCUGCGGUAUGAAAAAGGAGAUUGUUCCCUAGAGAUUUGUCUACUUAUUAGACUAAAUCCAAGGUGAAUUCUGACUAUGUUAAACAAACUAAGAGCACUUGCUUAAUCAGGGCUUGAGUCCCUCAUUGCUUUGAAGAAACACCUGCAGAGAUAGGUGGAGCCUGCAGGCAAAUCAAAUUUGGUCUUAGUUCCACUCAGUGAGUAGGCCAAUUCAGUGCACCAUUGUGGUUCAGAUCUGGAAAUGGUUUAGAUUAAGCAUUAUUUCUCCCACCAUAUGUUCCCUUGUUAACCAAAUUAAUAUUGCAUUUCUACAAGCGAAAACAAAGCAAAAGCAGAAACACUCCUGAAUACCAGAUGCUCCAACUGAAUUCCAUUCCAGAGCAAGGAAUAAAAUCCUCUUCUUCCCCUCCCUUCUCAAACAUGCAUGCACACACUGACCCAGCACAAAUCUUUUCUCUGCUGAUCUUGAUAUCUAGUGCUUCCUUGUAUUCCUUGCUCUGAAUGAACUUUUCCUGCAUCUCAGAAAAACCAAUGUCUGGAUUACAUGGAAAAUAUUUCCAGUCUUAUUCUGCAUGAACUGGAAUUCCUUUCCCCAUAGUAACAAGAAAUAUGGGCACUCUUCGGUUCAUGGUGACAGGUUAGAUUUGACUGGAAAGUGUUUCUCUUUGAAAAGAAACACCUUGCUGCUAUUGCAAAUGGACAAAUAUUUAGGAUAGUACAGUAUUCAUUCUUUUAUAAAUAAUUAAAAAAAGAUUAGCAAGGCAGCAAAGGGGCAUACUUCAAUUGUACCCCAAACUGACCAUUGGGGCUAGAGUAGCUAGCUCAGACAGGUACGUUUUGUCAGAGUACCCAACCUAGUCUAGGCUUUGGCCUUGUGAGAUUGUGGGUGUCUGUUAUUACUAUGGUUUGAUACUUUUGCUGAUCCCUUUUCUCCACUUCAUUUUCUUACUCUUUGAGUUGUUGCAUUUCCUUUGGCUUCCUCUACAUACAGGUGACACCAGCAAUUAAGUACAAUUGGGUUUUGUUGUUACUGUUAAAACAAACAAAAACAAAGAUCUUAACAGUCACAGCAGACCACAGCGCAACAAAAUGAAUUGUAUAUAAUUAGAAGUAAUGGAGGCUGCCUAAUGGGUAGUUAUGAGGGUUUGACACUACCAUCUGUACACCAUGUGCAAAUGCACACAUGUGCACCAGAUCAGUCACACAGUUCCAUGCACUUUCCUCUUUCCUUGUCUCACACUACAACAAAACCUGUGAGAGAAACCAGCAUCCCUUUCUGUUGUGCACCCAUGAAAUGAUCUCUCUUGUUUCUUUUUCCAGCAUUUUUGAUAGAAACCUCUCCUUAGCAGAUGCUGAGUUUUGGGGACAGGAGCUUUGCCAAAUUCUUUGGAGUUUAUCUCCCAUGCUCCAUUGUUCCUGUUAGCUAUGCUCAACUCUGCAUGAGGUAUCAUUGGUUCUUACUGGGCAGCAGUGAAAUUCUAUAUCAGAGUAAGGAGUAAGGAUAGGGAUGAGGAAUUGUCUGAUUUGGAAAGGGCGAGAAAGUAAUGCAGGAAACAGGUUUCUGUGCAAUUAGUCCAGAACAAUUGUAUUUAGGCACAUGAUUUGCAAUACCUGAAGUUGUGUUCCAAAUAAUUAAUUUGAUCUAGAGAAUCUCCUGAAGCUGUUCUACUAUUUGCUACAGUAAUGCUCAAUUGAUUCAUAGAGCAUCCCAAGGAUUUAUUGAGCAGAGUUUAGUCCAAAACCAACCUGCUGGUGAGACCAAGAAUCUGCACCCUUGUCCAAGUGCAAUGAUUUUCUAGUCCCAAAUGGACAAACAGGGUCAAGGAAGGGAAUUUGAGGGUUGCAGAUUUGCCUCUCUCUUCUGCCAGCAGUAGGCUCUCAUGCUUAUCCUACAAUCAACAUGUCAGAGGAAUGCUGAAUUCCCCUGUCCUGUACACACAUGCAAAUGGAUAUACACCAGCAGACACCCACAUCCAAGCCUGCUCUUGUGGAGGAUUCAUAGAGCCUGACCUUGCACAGCUGCAGGACAGCUGUUCUACAAAGAGGGAGGUCCUCUUUGUGAGGAAAAUUGUAAUGGAGUGAGCAGCCUGCGUGUAGAUAUUUUGUGGCUGCCACAAAGAGGAAACACUCAUCUGAUGCUUUAGUCAUUGGUGUAAACCAGGUCUAUUCCUGUAAAGUAACAAUGGAGACCUGAAUUUCCUGAAUUCUAGGAUUAGCAUUCUACCUGCUGCUUCUGUCAUAAUGUCCUCUCACAUUAAGUUCUCUUAAUGUUAUUCAAAAAAUAAGUAUAAUGUACCAGAGAUGACAUUGGAAUAAAAAUUCACACCAUGAUUGUUAAUCCCUCUUUCAGCAGUCUGAGAAAAAAAUAUUGUCUACUCUAUAGCUGAAUAUUCAUAGAGUGAAAGAUGGAGCCAAAUCAGUGAUAUGGGCAGAAUUUGGAUGUAGCAGCUACAAUUAGAACAUAACCCAAUUCCUGUUAUGAAAGGUUGUAAACUGCUCAGUUUACAAAGUGCCCAAAAUGCCCACGUGUUUCUUUAAGAACACUAAGCUUGGAUAUAUUUUGCAUCUGCGGGCAUUGAUAUAGUUCCUAAUCUGGCGGCCUUAAAAAAAGAUACCCUUGGACUAUUCAGUCUACCGUUCACUACCUUUUUUGGCAAAAUAUCAACAUUAAGCACCUUUUCUAGUCUGAUUGCACUGGAAUGGAUUCCAAUGUGUAAUAAGGCUUGGGGAUGUGCUAACAUUAAACAUGACUCAAGCUGUAGCAUUUGAAAGGCUGCAUGAUUUUUAUUUGAUUUGGUCAUAAGAACAUUUGAAACAUUCCCAGAUUGAAGAAGAUUGUGCCUUCACUAUCCCAAACAUAUCCAAACUUCUGUUUUCAUUAGGCUUGACAAUUUCUGAGCACAAACAUACAAAGCAUGAAAAAUCUUCCAAAUAUUAUAUUGUGAAGAUCACAAUAGUCCAGGUGGCCAUAUUUAAUAUGCAGAAACCCAGACCAUCACUAGAUUGCCUCCAAGACCAGUGGCCCCCUGGCAUUUUGUAGCCCAAAUAGAUAUGUUAGUCCUACAAGAAAUGAUACUGCUCCAUUCCUUCAGUUCUUAAAUAUAUUUAGUAAGCUCAUUCACUUAAGACACUGAUUGCUUUCUUUUUAAGUAGUCCAAUAAUUUUACUCAAUUGCUUGAAGCUUCUGACCUUAAUGCCCAGCAUUGCUCAGAAUGAGAUCCCUAAAAACAGGAGAUAGAUAGAUCUGAAAAAAAGUAGGAAUUGCAGGAAUCCAGAGGUGGGUGACCACCAAUGAAACAGCACUUAAAAUGGUUAGAGGGUGGUUGGUAGGGGAGUAGAAGUUUACUGUUAUUUAAUUCUGAAAAAAGAAGCUUUAAAUCCUAACAGUGCUUAAGCACUUAUUUAAUACUUGGGAUUUUUAAGAGGUAACAGAUGAAUAACAGUAGCAUGUAGGUGGGUAGAUGGAAUACCAGUGCCAUCUAUUUACAUGUUACCUUGUUGGAGUCCUAAAAGAAGGGGUAAAUAUAAACCCUGGGAAUGAAUCCAUAAGGGGUGACAUGCAGAAGUUUCAAUUUUGGUGGCUUACAGGUAUGGGCAGCAAAACACACAAAAACUUUUGUUUAAAAGGGGGAGGGGAUUUUAAAAAACGAAAUAUAUAUUAGGGGUUUUAAAAGAACCAAUUUUGUUUGCAUUGAGCCAAGUGCAAUGGAGUGCAUAGUUUUAAUAUCUUUGUAUGUUAAAGAUUGUUAAGAAGAAGAGAAAAAAUCUAUUUUUGUUGCAAAGUCCUCUGUUCUCAGGGACUCUAAAUAAAUUGGGACAAAAGAAAAACCCACCUUUGUAAGUAUGGGGAAAAACUUUUUCUGUUUAUUUUUUCAUUUGUCUAUUUUUCCUUUUCCUUGUUUAUUUUUUAAAUUCUUUUUAAAAGAUCAAUAAUAAUUGAGGAUUGGUUGUUGUUUUUUCCUUUUCCUCAUUAGUUUUGUCAUUUUAUGGGAGGGCUGAAGGCAAAAGUUUUGUCAUACACAAAAAUAAACUUGUAAAAAAAAACACUGUAUCAGGUUAAAAAAAUUGAAGACAAUUAUAAAAUUAAAAGUAAAGAAAAAACUAAAAAAACCUAAGUUGAAAAAAAUUAAAAAUAUAAAACCUGGUGCUUCUUACAGUAUAAAAUACAUUAAAAUCUCUAUUAUACAUAGUUUAUGAAUCAAUUAAUUGUUAUCAUAAAGCACAUUUUAGGAAACACGCAUUAUCCCUUCUUUAUGUUUAGCUGAAAGGGGCAGCGGGCUUUGCGGUCAAACGCACCAGCAGCAUCUGGCAGCUUCUCAUGGAUCUUCCCGGGUUGCCGAGCGAGAUGGAUGAUGGUGAGGUUGCCAUGGCAAAGGGGGAAGGUUCCUACUGGAACAGAGGCCAUCUUGGGUAGACUUUGUUUCUCUGGCUCCUUUCAUCCUUUUGGCACCUUCCAUCACUGCCACUGCACAUCCUUCUCUUCUGUGUUUUUCUUCUGUCUUGUUUUUCCCCCUAAAAGAGCUAAGCAAAAGUUGACUAGCUGUUUGGCCUUCAAUUCUAUCCCCCACCCCACUUUUUUGUAAACCAGCCUAAUUGCAAUGUGGGGAGUUUUCCCUUCUUUUUAACUCUGUCUCACAUAUGUAUCUAUUGCUCAACGGCUUCUCUUUGGAAUGAGGAGCUGAUCUAUGAAUUCACCAGCAUCCCUUCCUUUGAACUCCUUACAUUCCUACCCACAGUUGUAACUCCUGCUUGCCCUUCUUCACAGCCUUCUUGUCUGUUGAGAGGAAUCUUUCCUCUCGGCUCCUUGUGAAAUUGCAAGGCAGAAGGGUCUGUGUGUGAAGCAGGAGCCAGACUCAGAUCAUACCCUGCACCUCACAGAGCAUGGGAGAUUGACUGGAGAAAUUUCUCACUUCAGGGAAGGACCAAGAUGGAUGACUUUGCCUUACUCUCAACAUGCUUAACUGGCCAGCUGACAUAGUGCCUUUGUAAACCCAUCUUUUGUUGAAACAGAUGGACCAUGUGCUCUGCCUGGGGAGCGGGUGCAGGAAAUUCCACCCCCUCCUACUGUAAUCUAUAUGCUUAAAAAGGGGAAAGCAAUAAAAGCCUAGGCUUGACCAGCAAGAGGGAGCUACUUGGGCUAAACAUGGUGGUACCUAGUCCUCUUUGGCCUGGCUACUGCUGCCCCAUCUAAAAGAGAGGGUGAAGGAAGCAUAACUCCAAAAUAAUCCUGAAGACCAUAUGAAUCCCUUCCCACACACCCCAAAAGCAUGUCUGCACUUGGGCUUCUGUAAUCCCCUUUUCUGGAUCCCUUAGUCCUCUGUUUGCAGGAAAGGGUGGCUGCUCAGUGACUUUCUCCCCAGUGAUGCUCAGUUGUGGGUUCCCUUGCUGACCCAGGAGGAUGCUAAGGUUCCUUAGGGCCCAAGACAAUUUCAUUUGGUGGGCAGUCACCUUUGCUGCGUUUCUGCCCUAGAAAUGUAUCAGCAUCCACUUUGCUGUCCCUUGAGCUCUUGGUUUGGAGAAGUCAGCUGUCCCCUGUUUGGCUGCCAGUGGGCUGGUAGUAAGCCUCAGACCUUACUUGCUAUGGAGCUGCUUCUUCCCCUGACCUUUGCUUUAGAAGAACAGUUGAGCCCUUCUGUCCUUCCUUUCACAAGGUACCUUUGACAACCCACUUGGCUUCCCCCUUUCAUGCCCUCCAUAUGCCCCCUCCCCAUUAAUCUCAGACCCACAUCUCUCGCUCGGCAGUAAAACCUUGAGAUCCAUGAAACUGCAGCUUCCCAGACUGCAACCUACCCCUGCCCCUUUGAACAAGUUUCUUCCUUGUUUAAGAAACGCAGUAUAUAUAUGAGUACAGUACAGUAUAUAUAUAUAGUACUAAUGGAAUUUGGUGUGCUUUUUCUCCUUAUCCCUGACUCCCUUGCCUCUUUCCCUGGAACCCCAAGCCUCCCUUUGUGUCUUUCAGUCUGUUUUUCCAGGCCCCUUCCUGCUGCUGACCCCACCCCCCUGCACUUGAAAAUAAAGGGUAGCUCUUUGUCUGUUUUUGUUCUUUCUAAAGUUUCUUCCGUGUCUAGCAGAAUGCAGGUAGCCAUAUGUUAUAACUGUCAAUAUUGCUUCACAACAAAAAAAUAUAUAUAGGAAAAAAGAAAAAAAGAAAAAAAAAAGAAAAAUCCGAACUGUUUUAUCAUUUUUGCCUGAGCUUUCUUCGGCUUUCUCCAUUGGAAUGGCUUAUUGUGUUAUGUGAAUUUAAAAAAUGAAAUAAAAAUGUUUUAAAAAAAUUUAAAAAACAAAAAAAAACCAUAUAUUUUAAAAAAGAAAAAAAAUCAUCGGCUUCCCUCUUCCCAUUCCCACCAGUUCCUUCCUCAGAGCAGAGAUGGGAAGCCCAGUGGAGGGAAGUGCCGAGGGCUCCAAGAUCAUGUAUCUGUGUCUGUAUUGGUGGGUGAAUGGGGGGGUCAGUUUUCCUUCUUCCCCAUUCCCCUGCUUUCUGGAGGAGCUGCUCAGAAACAUCAAGAUUAGACUCAUUUCUUCCAUAUUCACAUCCUGUCAGCAUUUUGGUCAAAUUUUAAAGUGCCUAAGAGGUAUAUAUAUAUAUAUGUAUAUGUAUAUGUGUGGAAUACACACACACACACACACACACACACAUAUAUAUAUAUAUUCAGCAGAGAGUAGUUCCUGUUUAUUUGGGACUGAGCAUCUUUGUGUCAUGUCUGCUGAUGUGUUGAGAGGUGGCUGCUGCUCCUCCUGUUAAUCCUUUGCGUACCUUCUUGCAACCUCUUCUCUGAGGCACUUUUCUCUUUGCAAGGCUCACUUCUGGCUGAGGAGAAAAGAACUUUUGCAGAGUCAGCAGGAAGGUAUGCCCUGGGCAGGGAGAGGACUUAGCACUAUUUACCUUUAUCCUCCUUUGCUUUUAAAUCAAACUCUCCUUCCCUCUUUGUUGAUAUUUGGCUAGGGCAGCCUAACAAUAAAAAUAUGGGCAUACUGCUGUCAUAUCUAGCAUAACAGGAAAUAUUAGUGAUAAAUUUCACUUUUGCCUUUGAAUAGACUUAUUUCAAAGGUUGUUUAGGCACCUAUGGGUUUCUGAAAACCUAUAAUGUGUUUGCCAGAGACUGCUGUGAUCUGAUAAAGGGGCCUAAGGAUUAGUGGUCUGAAAUCCUGGGAGUUCAGCAGCCAUUCCCAAGGGAGGAUCUAAGGGGCUCAAUGUUAGGAGGAAAGAAACCUUGCUCCUGUUUCCCAUGAAGACUUGGAGGAGUAUCCCUUCCAAAUGGCAUGGAGUUAACUGAGAUGGCAAGUAAGACCAAAAGGCCUGCUUUGUCCCCCAAAUCUUAUUCCCUAAAUUUUGUAAGGUGUUUUGUUGUGUCUUCCACUUCUUGCAGAGGUAAAUGACUCCCACUGAUGCCAUUCUGUUUUUCCUUGACCAGGGAAUAUGACCACACUCCCUAAGGCUACAAGAUCUAGUGGAAGACCACUAGAAGGCAGCGUAGACAUAUAGUACAGGAAACACUAACUUCUGGGUGCUAUCUAAUGGACAUCCAGAUUUUUGCAACCAAGAUAUGGUAGCCCUAAAGAGCAUUUCCUUCUCUAACCCACUCAGGAUGUUUACAGGAAGGGCUCUUUUACUCCUGCAGCAAGAACCCCCAUUUUGACUUAGUCCUAUGUGGAUAUUAAGAUAGCAACUCUCCAUUUUGGUACAAGGACAGGGGGCCCUUUUGUAAGUUUUCCCAGAAGUGUGCCAAGCUAAGGUGUCCCACCUGCCUAGUCUAGACUCAAAAUGCACAUAUCUGUUUCUACCCAUAUCAGCCUGAUGCUUCAGAGCAGCCAUCUCCAGCUCUUUCCCUUGACCCUUUAGUGCCCUUCCACUCCUUAUGAAGCUGUUGGUUUGCUACUGGUUUGGUUCUGAAAGCAAAAGGAACUCAUAACCCUGCAGCUGAAUUAAGGGAAGUGCCUUAAACUGAUGCCUUUGCUGCCACCAGCGAACAAGUUGAGACAGGAAGAGAAAGCGAUCAAACUUUAUGCAUCCAGCUUCAGAAAUGUGAACAAAAUAUGUUUACAAAGAUUACAAACAAAUCGCCUCCAGGUUGGGGGGGGGGCUCAUAGGAGCCCCUCGGUUGCUAGCCAUCAUGACUUUCUACCUUUCCCCACCUGCAGGUUUUAUACAGGGGAAGAUAGCUCAAGUCUGCAGAACAGCUCCUCUGCUAACCCACCUGCAUUGCACGUAGCUUCCCCCCUCUCACCCUCACCCCAAAGAAGGGAACCAGCAGCUGUGAUGUGGUGGGUCAGCUCCUCCAGCCCCAGCCCCUGUCCCAAUCAGCCCUCGGCACUACCCCUCCCUCCCCAAGUGCCACUCUCCGAGCGGGGUGUAAUACGCAUGUAUUAAUUACAAUUUUUCCAUAAUAAAAGUUUAUAGAUGCAGCACCUUCUUUAACUGAUUGAAUUAAAGAAUGUUAUUGACUGUAA